AUGCCAGAUGACAAGCUUCUGUUUCCGUUCCUCGUUAUCGAGUUCAAGUCACAGGCAAAGGGUAGCACGCAGUAUAUUGCAUCAAACCAAGCCGCGAAUGCUGGUGCCAUUGCUCUAUACGGCUACCUAGAAUUGAUGCAGCGCAGCUCCCACAUACAGAAGCUUGAUAUGAGCAACCCACAAUUCUUUUCUGCUAGCAUCGACCACGAACAGGUGCGGAUAAACGUACACUGGUUAAGUGGUGGGGUAGAUGGGGAUUUAACCUACAGUUUCCAUGUCGAGGUAGUUGCUAAGUAUUUGCUAGACAGUAAAGAGGGGGUUAGAGCUGCUAUGGAGGCAAUUAAAAAUAUCCUUGACUAUAGCCUCGACACUCGGCUAAGGGGAAUAUCUGAAGCAUUGGACGAGUACCGUGAGAUUUUUGUAGCCGCGAGAGAUGCAGAAGUGUUUGAAUAA